GGGUUUUAAAGCUUGUAACAGUGUCUUAGUUCCUUUCAUUAGCCUUGUUAAAUGUGAAAUCUGUUUUGGCAUUUCAUUGGCUAUUACUUGCAAAUGCGAAGGAGGUGGGAAUUUAUUAUUUUCCUUAUGCUGGACAUCUGUGUCACGAAUGCUAUACUACUUGUGAUGUUUCUAGAGGAGCAUUCAUUCUGGCUUUUGUCAUUUAUCUUGACUACAAGCAUGGGAACCAAAUGCAUAUUUCAUUUUGAUUGAAAGUGUCUACAUAUUUCAUACAUGCACUUGGUUUGGGCUUCCAUAUGGGAAAGGGCAAUGUUGGCAUUCUAAAAUUAAAUUUAUUCUCCACUUUCCUCAAGUUUUGCUCCCCCCGCCUGUGUGUGUGUGUGUGUGUGUGUGUGGGUUGACUGGCAGGGCACUGUUUUUCGAGUUUAAACAAUGAAAAGUAAUCAAAACAGCAGUCUGUUCUACAAUUCACAAUAAUAGGAAAAAAAAAACAUGGGAUGUAAAAAGUUUUCAUCUUAUUUUAAUUGCUGAAGAACAAAACGAAUUUCAGAACUAAAGUGCUUUGGUGAUUAAAUCUCAAUGUCUGUAUCAAAUGCAUGUACGAAUUGCACAUGCCUCACCAUACCCACCUUCACAACCCUUUCAAUUCUUCUCUUCCCUCUCCCUCUUCAGCAAAGAAACCCUCUUCCUCUUUUUCCCCCUUGUGUGUGUAUACGUUGUUUACCUUAAAAGAGACAGAAGUGUUGAUUCAGCAACCAUGGCAAUGCCAACCAUUGCUGAGAGUCUCAGGCCAGGUACUCACUCUGUCUCUACCUAUUCUUCUUAUGAACAAGACACAUCCCAACUCUGCCUGCUCCCCGCACAAUGAGACCCCUUUUAUGUGAACUUACCUCGUUGUCCUGAGCUGCUCACAUUUCCAUGAGUUAAUUGUUGCAGUGAUGGGCAGAUUAAAAAAAAUAAAAUAAAAAUAAGGGCAUAUAAAUAGGAAUAGUUUUAAUAUAUUUUUUUUUUAUAUGACAAAUUUUCCCUUAACUGAAAUAGGUUGUGUCACAGACACCUAAGUCCCCACUGAUGCAAGAAGAGUGGAAAAAUUCCUCCUAUUUUAGAAUUAUUUUGUGUACAUGUUAUUCCCUUUUAUUUUUUUUAAGCAUUUUUAUGAAAAAUUCCUCAUUUAUAUUGGAAAUUUCUAUACCAUGUAGGCAUGGAAUGGGCUAUCAAACCAAAUUGAGGAGUUGGAUUGAAUAAUAUAUGUUACAAUUCUUCCUUUAACUUUUACACGUAUUUCUCCCUGCCAUUUCUAGAAGUUCAAGAGGCCUUUCACAAAGCAAUCCUAUUCUUCCUUGGUCUUCAUUGUCUUGAUUUAAAUUUCUAGUAGAAUAGUCAAAAAUAUUAAAAUGGAAGAUGUUGGAGGCCUUUUCUGUGAGUGAAACAGGACUACUGUUGUGAAAAGUGUUGAGCAUUUUUAAGGUGGUGUAAGCUGCUCUGCUGCUUUGUCUCACUGUGGUCCAUCUACAUAGGAGGCCAAACUUUGGCCCAUUGCUCCUAGCCCCUUGACUAACAUAUAUUAUAUCUUUUAUACGAGAAAAAAGACAGAUAUUCAUGUACCCUCAAAUCAGCCACUAGGGCUGGGCUGGAGACGGGGAGGAUAGGGCUUGGUAGAAGUCUUAUCAGUACCCUUUGUAGUAGGUAGAAACCAAAUUACCCUUAGCCUAUGGGGUUCUAUAGGGCAUGGAUGAGAAAUGCCAUUAUCUGGUGAGUAAGGCUCUGUACUGUAAUCUUUUAAAAAAUCAAUUCUAUAAUUUUUUCAUUUUUUUGAAACAGAAAUGGGGUAAAAGUUGUAUGGUAAGUCAGGUUCAAUUUUUUGUUUUUUUGAAAUGAACCGGCACUUUUUAGGUUUUAGAAUCCAUUUUUUGAAGCAUGAAAAGCAAGCUUCUCACACUCAGAAUCGAUUCUGAAAAAAAGGCGCAGAAUGAAGGUUCCACUUAAGUACGAAAGGGUAAAACCGAAAUUUGCGGUUAAAACAUAAGAAAAUGGUAAGCAGCACACCCUAUUUCUCCUUUCUUGGAAAUCCUGAAGAGAGAAGCAGAGCCAAACCAAAUCGGGAAGUGGAUGCUCCAGCCGUCGACGAGAAUCGAGAGAAAGAAGCUUCUUCGCCUGCCGUGGAUGAGAAACUGUAUUGUUGAGGGUUUUGGACUCCUCUGUGCACGAAGACGCACAAGAUCUGCGAGGUUUCUUCUGUCACUUCAGUGGGGUUUGAACUUUGCUCAGAGUGAGAAAAUGUCAACUUCAACACAAGCAGUUAAUGAGACUGCAAAAUGGAGCCAAGCAAAUGUAGACACCCUUAUUGUUCUGAUGGUAGAGGAAGUUAAGAAAGGAAAUAGGACUACUUCGACUUUUAAUAAAGCUGGUUGGAACAACAUUGCCAAUAACUUCAAAGAAAAAACUCGGGUCAACUAUGCCAUUGUACAGUUGAAGAACAAAGUGAACAAACUGAGGCAGGAUUAUAGUCAGUUUAAGAAGCUGUUGGAGACAAUUGGUUUUGGUUGGGAUACUGCUUCAAGAACUUGUACUGUUGAUGAUGAAUCCAUCUGGGAAUCCCAUAUUAAGGAUAACCCUACUUGGGCACGAUUUAAGAAGCACGGACUACCACAAUGGCCAGAACUAUGUAUGGUAUUUGGUGAUACAUAUGCAGACGGCGAAGGAAGUGGGACUCAAACAACCGUGUUGGAAACUAUGGGGGCCGAUGAUGCUAGGAAUAUGAUUGAGUCUUGUGAUGAGUCAAGUUCCGCUGAUGAAGUUACUCCAUUAGGUGACACUAAAACUGAAGCAGUGGAAAAAAGGCCAACUACUAAGCAUAGGCAUGAUAGGACUCCAAAUGCGAAAAGGAGGAGGAGCAAGUCUAAUGAUUCGUCAAUGGCAUGCAAGGCAAUUCAAGAUAUGAGUAAAUCAUAUUUUUGUUCAAACAUUUCAAAUUUCAUAUGGCAAGGAAACACGGCCAAAUAUUUCAUAUUUGACGUGAACACCAUGUUGUUGAUAUGGAGCUAUUCUUAUUUAUGUCUCAUUCGACUUAAGCUAUCUGGGUAA